CUUAAUACACUCUUAAUUAGUAACUUCCUCAUCACUUUGAGGCAGGCAUGAAAAUGGAUGCGAGGACCCAAAACUUAGCCGGGUGGUUCUUCGGGAGUUUAUUUAGGUACAUAAGAGGCAUCAUCUUCCGUGUUCUAUCCGUAGGUGAGAUUCCCCACCACAUCGCCUUCAUCCUGGAUGGAAACAGAAGGUAUGCCAACAAAAUGAAAAUCCCUAAUGUCGUAGGCUAUAGAGCUGCAUUUCUGGCUCUCCUAUGCAUACUCAGGUACUGCCACGAACUGGGAGUGAAAUACGUGACGAUAUACGCAUUCAGCAUAGACAACUUUAAGCGGAGACCAGAUGAGGUCCAAUGUUUGAUGGAUUUGAUGCUGAACAAAGUGGAGGGAUUACUGAGGUACGAGGCUGCCCUGAACCAGUACGGAGUGAGAGUCGUCUUCAUCGGCAACCUGAGGUUACUGGACAAGCGGCUCAGGGCUUCUGCCGAAAUGGCAAUGGAUGCAACCCGAUCCAACUCCAGCAUCGUCCUCCUCAUCUGCGUCGCCUACACCUCCACAGACGAGAUGCUUCACGCAGCCCAAGUGUGCUGCAGAGACAAGAGGGGAAGGUUGAAGGUUUCGGAAGUUCAUCACAGACGAAGGCAGCGCAGCGGGG